UGGCAAAAUAAAUUUAAGGUGGCAAUCAAUCACCAAUUGAUCAAUCAAGAUUGAAGACGACGACACAUAUCAAUAAGAAGAACAGGAGCAAUGUCACCAAUGGAUAUAGAUAACGAUGUGUCAACUUUGUUGGCGAGUAUCAGACAAGAAAUAGAAUCUCUGGAACUCAUUAAUAUACUUUAUGAAUUGGAAGAUUUCUAUGAAAGAAAGUUAUGGCAUCAGUUAACGUUAAAAUUGGAUGAGUUUUAUUAUGGAGAUUAUGUUGAAAUCACCAAUGAUUUGAAAGCUAAGAUCAAUAACUUAUUCAUAAGUCAAUUCUCAUCUAAAUUGAAUCCAAUUAAAGUGGUUGAUUUUUGUUUGGAGAGUUUUAAUGGUAAACCAAAGGAAACUUUAGAUCAUUUAUUAGAUUUAAAAGCUCAAUUCAUCAAUUCUAUUAAAAAGGAAAACAAUAUAAGAGAAGAUGAUGAUGAAGAAUUAAAGAAUUUGGUGGAUAAUGAUGAAUCAAUCAUUUAUGUUGAUUUACAAGCUGCUCGUUAUUAUGUAUUAUUAGCUGAUAUAAAUAAAGCUGAAGAAAUUUUAAAUAAAUUAAAUGAAAAGUUUGAUACUAAUGAUACUAUUAAUAACUUUGAUAAUCCAAAAUUGAAUGCUGCUUUUUAUUUAACUAAAUGUGAAUUAUAUAAAGAGACUGAAAAUUAUAAUUCUUAUUAUUUGAAUGCAUUAUUAUAUUUAUCAUCAGUGGAAAAUAAUUUAAAAGAUAAUGAUAAACUUGAAUUAUGUUAUGAAAUAUGUAUUGCUGCUUUAUUAGGUGAUAAGAUUUAUAACUUUGGAGAAUUAAUCUUACAUGAUAUUCUUAAUGUUAUAAGUGAAGAAUCAAGUUCAUAUUUCUGGUUAUAUAAUUUAAUUCAAAAUUUAAAUUCAGGUAAUAUACUGGAAUUUGAUAAAUGGUUAGCUAUUGCAUAUAAGAAAUCUCCAUUCUUAGUUAAAUUUGAAGUAUUUUUAAAACAAAAAAUCAUUAUAAUGUCCUUAUUAGAAUUAAUUUCCAUCAAAUCAACUACCAAUAAACAUUUAAGUUUUCAAGAAAUCUCAGGGUUUACAGGUACACCAGUCAAUGAUGUGGAACAUUUGAUUAUUAAAUGUUUCUCGUUAGAUUUAAUCAAAGGUUAUAUUAAUCAAAUCGAUGAAGUAUUAGUGGUUACAUGGUUACAACCAAGAAUUUUGAAUUUAGAUCAAGUUAAAGUCUUACAUAACCAUUUAAUUGAAUGGACUAGUCAACUUGACAAGUUGUCCCAUGAAGUACAUAAGAAUGGUGGUUCUAUAUGGGCUAGUUAGAAGUAAGUAAACAAACAAUAGUAUUAAUAAAAUCACAUAUAAAGUAGUAUACAUCUAUAUCUAUUUAAUCUAUUUUAGAAUCAGUCAUGUGACCAUAUAAUGCGACAUUUGAUUCCAAAUGUCGUAGCCAUUUAGUAGUAGAUGUCGCAGGUCAUGAAAAUUAAAGUGUCCUCUCCCCGUAACAUUUCCAGUCUUUCCUUAUACAAUUUGAACUAUUAUAAACCCAAUUAAUAGACAGUAUAGAUAAGUGAAUAAAUAACUGGUUGAUUAUGAAAAUUAGUUUGUUCUAUUCCUUGCUUGCAUUGUCUGCCAUUGUGUUGGCUAAUCAAGUUAAGUUUGAUGAUGGUCUUAACUCCCAAGUAUGUUCAGGAAUGUAUGCCAA